AUGAAGCGCUCCAAAUGCCUCUUGGUUGUGUCCAUGACGCUCAAUGUUCUGCUAAUCUUCAAAGAAUUCGUUUUUCUUCCCAGCCAGGAGCUUACUAGUGACAGAGGCACUCCAGACAAGCUAACUUUCGACAGAAAGGUGCAGCAAAUUCUUGAAGAAACCAAAGGCGACCUUUCAAAACUAAGACCGACCGAAGAACCUGUGUGGGUCUACAACAGUACAGCUGCAGACAUAUUCAGGAGCGAACUUGAGGCGUGCUGUAACGGAAGUCAGAACCUACUGGUGACCCAGUCCAACACACGUGUCAACACCACCAUUCAGUACGACGCGGAAAACAAAAGUAAACUUAACGUCACUACUGAGAUAUGGAGAAAAUUUCCACAGAAAACGCCUUUUGGGUACAAGACGUUCCCCAGCUGUACUGUUGUCGGGAACAGCGGCUUGCUGAAAGGUAGUGGAUGUGGGAAACAGAUCGACUCUGCCGACUUCGUGUUCAGAUGCAACAUGGCACCGAUAGACGAGCGAUUUGUUGCAGACGUUGGGAACAAAGCAAAUCUUGUCACCAUGAAUCCAUCUAUAGUAAGGGACAGGUAUCUUGGACUCAAGAACACGACUUUGAAGGAGAGAUUCGUGGCGGCUCUAUCUCGUUACGGGGGUGCUUAUGUCUGGAUGCCGGCGUUUUCCUUCAAAAUGUGCACAUCUCGCAGCUUCGCUGUUCAGACCACGUUACAGGAAUAUAAGUCCAAACUCAGUGUGGUUUUCGGGAACCCCCAGUUCAUGCUAGCUAUGAAUAAAUAUUGGAAGAGCAACGGGGUAAAAGCAAGAAGAAUAUCUACAGGCCUGUUCUUGGCUAGCGCUGCUCUGUCUAUAUGCGGGGAGGUCCACCUGUACGGAUUCUGGCCCUUCCAUGUUGACAAGCACAACGUCACACUGACGGAACAUUACUAUGACAACGCCCUCCCGCACAAAAUGCACAAACUUCCGGACGAGUUCGCAAAACUUCAACAGCUACACCGAGAGGGAAUAAUACAACUAAGAACUGACUCCUGUUCUUGACAAGUCUUUUUUAUAUUCACUGAGGGAGACCU